UAAAAAUGAAUUCAUUUGAAGUAUCUGAAAUCUGUUGAUCUGGAAGAAAUGCGUCUACCUUAUAUAAAAAUACGGAUUAUAAAGAUUGAAAAAAAUAUAAGGACUUCAGUACUUAAAGGGGAAUGAUUUUUACACAAAUUAUUUCAAAGACUUAAUGCAGCAUCAACAAAUACAUUGCUACAAGACAAAUCUGCAAAUAUGGAGACAAUUUUAAAUGACACAGUAUCCUUCACAGCAAACCUUACAGGGAAAUUAAAUGGAAGCAAACCUUACUUUUCAGGAGACUUGAAAUCAGAGCCUUUCUAUGCUCUGGCCAUAGACUUGAUAAGGUAUGUGCUCCCCAUCAUCAUAUUUGUUGGAACAUUUGGAAAUGUAAUGAGUUUUUUGAUCAUGGUACAGAGAGAAAUGAGACAAACCUCUACGUUUUUCUAUUUGGCCACUCUGGCAGUGGCUGACACAGGAGUUCUAUACAUCAGCGCAUUCAAAACCUGGAUUACUGUGCUUACCGGAUAUGAACUUCUACACCAGAGUGAUGCUGCCUGCAAGAUCUUGAUAUUUCUGACCCAUUUCUUUGUCCAUUUUUCUGCCUGGUUGAUUGUGGCUGUUACAGUAGAGCGCUUUUUGGCUGUUUGGUUUCCACUCCGAGCCACAACAAUGUGCAGUUUGGCGAGGGCCAAAUUUGUGACAGUGAUGAUUGCAAUGAUCUUCAUCUUAAUCAACAGUCACAUAUUCUGGACAGCUGAACUGUACUCAUUAUCCAGUGGCCAGGUUAGAUGUGUGUCCUAUGCCUAUCAGAACCUUGUCUGUAAAGUUUUUCCCUGGAUAUAUCUCGUUUUGUACUCCUUCCUCCCUGUGUUAGUUCUGUUUUUAUUCAACACUUUGAUUAUUGUAAGCCUUGUCAAGAACAAACCCUUGUUUCAAGCCAUGACCAAAACUGACCAACAGAUGCGUUAUGAUCACCAAAAACUGGCAAUCUGUUUACUUAUCAUUUCAUUCACUUGGAUUGUCACAACCAUGCCGAGACCACUUUACCGAUUCUUUAUGGAGAAACCAACAACUAUUGAAGAACAAGCAGAGGCAGUCUUUGUCCGAACCCUGUGCUUUAUACUGAUGUACAUUAACCAUGCUGUGAAUUUCUUCAUCUAUGGACUUACAGGGCAGAGAUUUAGGAUGGAGCUGAAGCGUUUUCUGUGCCGUGUUCACCUCAGAAAACAACAGCCCAAACCCAGACUGACCUUUAAGUCCAGUGGGAGUGGUUCGGGCCAGGAAAGCUCUUUUCCUCUGGUCAGCACACCUCAAACUGAGAUGGCCACCUUUGCAUGAAAUACAUUUUUAGUAUUUUCAUAUUUAAAGGUACAAUGUGUUUUUACUGUAUGUGUUAGGAUGCAAUUUUAUCA